UUUCUUAUCGUUGAACCGCCAUUUUCAAAACGUCUGUUUAAUUUCGAGGGACCGGUCAUGGCUGAGUUAAACUAUGAUUUCAACAUGAACCAGUUUAAGAAUCGGUUGGAGACAUUUAAAGACUGGCCCUUUACUGAGGAGACGGGCUCUAGUUGCACUGCUAGGAAGAUGGCAGAAGCAGGAUUUUUUCAUUCUUCCAACGAUCGUGAUCCUGAUAUUGCGCGCUGUUUUGUUUGUUUCAAGGAACUUGAAGGAUGGGAACCUGAGGACAAUCCUUUGGAAGAGCACAGGACUCACUCACCAAAGUGUGAAUUUCUGUCAUUAAACAAGAAAGAAGAAGACUGGACAGUGGAGGACUUCCUUGAGCUAGAAACCAAAAGACAAAUCAACAGAAUGCAAAAGAUAAUUGAACUCAAGGUGAAGGAAUACAAGGAACUAGCUCAGCAUGCCCAGAGUGAAAUGGAGAAACUUGUUUGAAGCACACUUAGUUACAUGUACACCUUUGUGUUUUUUUGAAUAAAUAUCAGCUGUAAAUAGAUUAAAAGUUGCAGUAGCAGCAUGGACAUUGCUUCAUACUUAUAAUUAUUUGCUAAUACUAAUCUGUC